CCAACUCGAGAAAAAUUGUCGUGCCCCAGCUGAACCUUUCCCAUUUCAACACCUUUAGUCACUCCUCAAGGGUCCGUAGUCAAGCACCGACUACAAAAUACCUAACAUGUUUCCCGCCAUUUUCAUUUAUCCCACUUAUUCAAAGGAGACAAUGGCGCCAAAAUUACCAUUUUCACACAAUUCUCAGUUAAUAGACAGUAAGAGAUAGAGGGAGAAAUAGCAUAACAAUGGAAAUAGCACCUCAGAGAAAAGUUUCUUCCGACGAUGUCGGCGUUGCUUCCACUCUUCCUGUCUACCGUUCUCCUCCUGAACUUGAAAUCCGCCUCGAAGACUUCGAACUCUUUGCCAUUGAUCGUCUCCGAGUGCUUAAAGGAAUUUCCGAUGCUCUUUCUCGGGGAAAGAAGCCUGAUGAAAUCGAAAAAUUGGUGGAAGUUUUGUGGAAAACACACAAGGAACAUCUACAACCUUCGGAGGCUAUUAACAAGGACAUCAUCUCUCAUUUUGUCCUUCGUCUUGUUUAUUGCAGAACGGAAGAAUUAAGAAAGUGGUUUUUAUCAAUGGAAACAACUCUUUUUCGCUACCGUUUUAAGCAUGAGAGCGUCGAGAGCCAGAGGGCUCUGCUAGCAGAGUUUGAUCUCCCUUACAAAGCAGUUAGCAACGCAGAAUUCGAGAGUGUGAAGGAGAAGUUAUCACAAGUUGCACGAUCCCUUAGACCGCAUUUGCCAAGCUCUACGACUGAUGUCGUAUUCUACAAGGUACCAUUUGAAGAGGUUCCUGAACUUGUUGCUGGGCGCAGAGUAUAUGUUCAUAAAGGAUAUGCAUAUGUUGCAAUGAACCAGGUUGUUUCACUUGUUGUCACACAAUUUCGUAGCAAUCUAUCGAAAGCUCUGAUACUUACAAAUCGAAAAUGGGCUUCUACAAUUUGUGACAAGGAAAAGAAUAGGCUGACUCCGAUUGUUGAAACUCUGGCCACUAGCUACCUUGGUCCUGACUAUUCUGAGCCGAAAGAGUUUGCAGAGAUAUCACUGAAAGACCUUGAUCAAGUAGCUAAUAACUCAUUUCCACUCUGCAUGCGCCAUCUAUUUGAAAAGCUGAGGGAAGAUCAUCACCUCAAACAUGGAGGUAGGAUGCAAUUAGGAUUAUUUCUCAAGGGUGUAGGAUUAAAGUUGGAUGAUGCUCUUGCAUUUUGGAAAUCUGAGUUCUCCAAGAAGGUUGGCCCUGAGAGAUUUGACAAAGAAUAUGCUUACAGCAUACGCCAUAAUUAUGGAAAAGAAGGCAAGAGAGUGGACUAUACACCUUAUUCUUGUCAAAAGAUUAUCUCAUGUACACCUGGUGUUGGGGAUCAUCAUGGUUGUCCCUAUCGUCAUUUCAGUGAGGAAAACCUUAGGGCUGCUCUUAAUAAGAUGGGAGUGAGUAGUAGGUAUAUGACUGAUGUGAUGGAUAAAGUUCGAAAUAGACACUAUCAGCUGGCAUGCACCUUGACAUUUGAAGCUAUUCAUGGUUCUCCAUGUGAUUCUGGAAUCAAUCAUCCAAACCAAUACUUCAGUGAUAGUCAAAAGAUUCUGCAAGCAAAGGUGGAAAUAUGAAAAUUGCUUGUGGAAAUCAUCGAGUGUGGAAGCUUGUAGGCUACUUUUAUGUGUUCUGUAAAUCAUGAAAAACAAUGAAGUUCUGACAAACAAAUUCUUAUUGGUGUUGAUAAUGAUGAAGAAAUCAAAAUGGAGUAAGAAAGCAGAAAAACUUUAGCUUUUAGAGAAAAUCCGUAUGAAUUCUCCUUAAGAAAUUAAAGUCAUUUGGUAUAGGCACUUUCCUCCACCCAAAAUCUCUGGAGGUGUCUUGAGAUAUUGCGUGUCUCAAACUUAGAACUAGUUAUGUUCUGUAUCAUACAUUUGAAAAAUCUAUCAACCAUCAAAAACUUUGCGUCAUAGGCUCAUUGUCAUUGUGCAAAAACAAGGCCACUUUAGGGAUAGAUAUUCGUGGCCUCAGUCAACAUUCAUUAGUGUAAUAACCACAUUACCCUUGUUAGACCGCUACCACAUCAUGUAAUCGCUACUAUGCUUUGUGUAUAAAACUUUAUAGUAAUUUUUUUUUUUUGGCUAACAAAAUUUAGAGGGUUUUUAAUAUGCUUUUUAGCCUGCUUUAGCUUGCUUUCAAGCCAAAAUGAGAAUACUAGUUUUGUUAGCUUUUUUCACUAGUUUUUGAAUUGUUGGCCUACUUUUUCUCUAAUAAAAGCUAACCAAUACUAUAUUUUACCACACAUCUUCUUAAAUUGUUGGUUUGUUCAGGUAGCUUAGACUAGCUAAAACAACCGUCACUUUUAGUUGAUCAAACUAGCUAACCAUCUCUACCCUACAUAUUUGGCUUGAAAGCAUGCUCAUUGUUAUCAUAAUAUUUCGAAAGUCACUUGGCAUUGAUGGACAUGUUCAAACUUUCUCAAGGUGUUAAUAACCUUAAGGACUCUAAUGUAGGUUAGUGAUGUGGAAGAAGCCUUGAAGUAAAAAAGCAAAAAUAUUAAGACUUGAAAAUAAUUGGGGCAAAUGAAAUUGAAUUAGUUAACUAAUCUCUCUAACAAGAUAUAGAAAACAAACAAUAGCUACGUCUUGAAGUUAUAGGCUCAAAGGUGGAACACCAUGUGAGAAGAUGCACACAAAUUUUUGAAAACUAAUUUGGUCUUUUGUGAAGACAAUCCAUCAUAAAACCUAUAUACAUGAUGAGUCGAUAAAUAGAGCACUAUGAGAUAAAGAAAUAUGAUUUGCACAUGCUUUUUAUUCAUCUAGAAAAGGUCUAUGACAAAGUGCCAAGAUAAGUACUUUGGUGGGUAAUGAAAAAUAAAUUAUGCCACAUAACUAUUAUUUUAGACCAAGAUAACUAUGAAGAACUAUAAAUAAUGUUAGGAUAUGUAUAUGAGUGAUUGAAGAUUUUUAAAUCAUAAUUGGUUCACAUCAAGGUUCUACCUUGAUAGGUGACCUAUGAGAUAAUAAGACAAAUGUAGGGAUAAGGUCAUUGGUGCAUGUCAUUCAUUGUUGACAUCAUAUUAGCUGACGAAACUAGAGAUAAAGUGAAGCUAGAGAUGAAGUCAUUGCUGAGCUAGAAAUGUUUAUUUAGGCGUUAGAUUUGAAAUGGUUAAGUUGAAGAAAACGUAUAUCAAAUGUUGUUUAGCUCAUACAAUCAUAAUAGAGGUGUAUAAAGACCGCUAUGAAGGAGUUCCUUCACGUAAGGGAGUGUUGCUCAAAUUUUCACAACGAAGAUGAUGAUCAAGAUGUGAAUAUAAGCUCGAAUUAGUACAAAUGGAGAAUCACGAAUGAAAUAUUAUGUGAGUAUGGUGUGGCACUUAAGUUAACGGGAAAAUUCUAUAGAAUUGUCGUCAGGACUUUUUAAAACAAAAAAUUUGAGAAGAUUGAGGUAACAAAGAUGCAUAUGUAAAGAUUGAUGAAUGGGCAUACCUUAAAGACUGUUAAAUACAAUUCAAAAUGAAGACUUUCAAAAGAGUGUUGGAGUUGCAAUUAUAGAAAGCAAAAUGAGAGGAAAACCUUGACUCAUGUACCAAAAAGUCAUAAAUUGCAUCAAUUAGAAAAGUGCACAAGGUUAGAAUUUCAAAAAGCUUAGAAGACGAGGUUUGUCCAAAAUGAUCUAGAUAAAAUAAUGACGUCAAGAAUUGAUGUUUGCAGGAGCUUAUGACAAUACGUAGAAAUAAAUAGAGGUAAAGAAUACAAUGGUUGAUCAUAAGACUUAAUUUUCUUGAUUGUAAAAUAAUUACUGUCAAUGCACUCUAAUGAUAAGUUGUUUUAGUUCAUGUAGUCAACCCAUUUGUUGGUUUUAAAGCUGACAUUGUUGUUUUGUGGUCAUAGUUGUCUAAUAACAUUUAUAAGGAAAAAGAAACGCUUAAACAUGUAAAUUUUUUGUUCUAAAUGUUCAACAAGAACCUGGAAACUAUAUUUUUAGUACUACUGGAAUUUGGAGUUAUUAACAUAUAUUUAUUGUCAUGUGUAAAUAAAAGAAUUUGGUUGAAUAAGUUUAUAACUUACUAGAAAAGAAAAGACAAACAGAUAGCCUAGCCUGGAGUUUUAAGUAUCUUAAAUAGAUAUAUCAUUACACUUGUAAUGUAAUAAAGUGAGACUCAACUAGCUAUAUGACAUCAAAAAUCAAAACUAAAUACGAUAAAUAUAAAUUUGUGACUUAUUUUUGAGUCUGUGAAUAUAUAUUUUUUUGCAGUGGUUUGACCAUUUCAGUCUUGCCACACCCUGUCAUUAAUCUGUAGUUGCAUUUUUGGUGAUGGGUAAAAGCUUAUUUCUAGAUUAUAAAUAAGUUGUAAUAGAUAUUUGGAUAUGAUUUAUAAUUAUCAUAGUUUUUUUCUC